GCAAACUUGAACCGCUCUUCUCCUCAGGCAGACUCCAGGAGGCCGUCCUUGCCUUAUACUAGACCCGCAAUCGCAUUCAAACGUACCUAGGCAGUCUACUCCAGUAAACGGACCAUCCAUAUUUCACACUGCGUCCGUCCUCCAACCUAGUUUUCACUCGCACCUCUACCAUCAGUUCCUCUGAGAUUAGGAAGAUCGAAACACAACCUUCAGAAUGCUCUCUGCUAGCGAACGCAAUCCCGCGGUCAUGGACCCCUCGCGCACCAAAGUUUCCGCGCUGGACCUGAACCACAGCCACAGCCAUACAACCACAAACCAAAUUUCCUCUUCGUCAGAACAACAGGCUUCGUUCAUGCCUUCGCAGUGCCCCCAACAUAUCUGGGUCGUCACUGGCCCCGCCGGAAGCGGCAAAAGCACCGUCGGCCGCUACCUCCAGCAGGAAUUGGGCGUGCCCUUCUUAGAAGGUGAUGAUUUUCACCCCGCCGCCAACAAAGCCAAGAUGUCCGCCGGGACGCCUCUCACCGAUGCAGACCGCUGGGACUGGCUCAUCUCCCUGCGCAGCGCGGCCACAACCCUGCUCAGCACCCCAGCACCCACAUCCACGAAUCCCACGUCGACAUCAACGCGAGCGCAAGCUCCAACCGGUGUCGUCGUUGCCUGCUCCGCUCUGAAAAAGAAGUACCGCGACGUGAUGCGCGUCGCUGCCUACGGGUCCCCCAAUGUGCGCAUCCACUUCGUCUACCUGAAGCUCGAGCCUGCGACGCUAUAUGCGCGCGUCUCGGCGCGCCAGGCGCAUUAUAUGAAGCAGGGCAUGGUGGAGAGUCAGCUUAGAGAUUUGGAAGAGCCGGGGCAGGGAGAAUGGGAUGUUAUUACUGUGCCUGUGCAGGUGGGCAUGGGAAUGGGAGAGGUGCAGAGGGAGGUUAUGAAUGCUGUAGAGAAGGUUAUACGUGGGUACGAGGGAGGUUUAUAGAAGCCAUGGAUUUUGCUUUGGCUAUGAAAUGCGAUUAGGGUUGCAGGAUGGAUAUGCAUGGAUGGUGUCUCUGGC